AUGUCCGAUUUUUUAAAUUAUGGCGAUCUUGAGAACAAAAUUGUCGAUUUUUUCGGAGAGUCAACGCUGGAGAUCGUCCGCGAACGCGCCAAGGGGAACAUUGAUUUCCUCAAUCGACUCCCUAAAGAAGCAAAGAUUGCGCUUUUGACAAGGCUACCCUUAGAGGAACUACCGAAGAUGGGACUUCUGAACAAGGAGUAUGCAAAACUCUGUGCCUCAAAUGAGCUGUGGGAGAAGAUGUGUGAGCAAAAUGGAAUCACCAUUGAUGAAAACGUCCGUUUAUUAGGCCUCGAGAUUGGAUUCAAAAAGAUCUUCUUCUCAAAUAAAGAGACUAAGCUCAAGUAUUUUCAGAUUUCGGACAAGAUGAAUUGUGAGGGAGAAAGCGACAUUAUGUGGAUGAAUUUCAACCAAGAUGGGUCGAGUUUAUCGGCUGGAUCUAAAGCAGGAUUUUACUUGUAUGGCCUUGCUAAUGGAACAGAGAAGCUUGAUGAACACUUUGACCAGUCAGCACAAGAUGUUAUUCUUGUCGAGCGCCUUUUCAAUUCAUCUCUCGUCGUUACGGUUUCACAGACGAAUGCCAGAAAGAUCCGUGUCUAUCAUUUUCGAAAGGGGUCUCUCAUCCUCCAACAUACUUAUCCAUCUGCUGUACUUGCUGUUAAGAUGAACCGAUCUAGAUUAGUCGUUACACUUGAAGAAAGUCUGUAUAUUCACAACAUCCGCGAUAUGUCAAUCCUGCACACAAUCCGAGAAACACCACCGAAUCCAAGAGGCGUCUGUGCUCUUGCAGCAACGGACGCCGACGACACCUGUGGUUAUCUAGCUUAUCCUGGUGCAACUCACGUCGGAGAAUUAAACAUCUUCGACACUGUUGAUCUACGAGCAGUUACGUCUCUUACAGCCCAUGACAAUCCAAUAGCUGCUGUCGCAAUGGAUCGAACGGGUAAAAAAGUCGCCACUGCAUCCGAAAAAGGAACUGUCAUCCGAGUUUUCUCGAUCCCAGAAGGCAAAAGACUUUUCGAAUUCCGACGUGGUGUCGCCCGCUGUGCAACAAUUUCAUCCCUGAACUUUUCUCCUGAGGCCAAUUUCUUAUCAGUUAGCUCGAACACCCAGACAAUUCAUAUUUUUAAGCUCACUAAUGUCCAAGAACAGACUUCAAAUGAAGAGCCGCAAAAUGACUGGGGGAGUUACCUUACUAGAGGUCUCCAGUCUGCGGCUAGUUAUCUUCCUUCUGGCGUGAGUGAGGUUCUUCAACAAGGAAGAGACUUUGCUACGGCGAAGUUGCACUCUUGUGGACUCAAAAACAUAAGUACUAUCCAUGAAAUUGGAAGAAAAAUCUAUCUUUUCGUCGCCUGUUCCGAUGGAUACCUGUAUGUUUACGAGAUUGACCCAUCCGGUGGCGAAUGUAAUCUUAUCAAGCAACAUAAGUUAUGCCUUCCACGCGUGCCUGAAAUCAGCUCCGAAGAGUCCGACCUUCCUCCGAUGAUUCACACCGUUGACUCCUAA